UGUCUUCCAGGAGGUCAACUCCAACCACAGAUAGGAUUAGCAACAUGCCGGAUGAAAUUCUGUGUCACAUCCUCUCCUUUCUCCCAACCAAAUUCGCUGCAACCACAAGUGUUCUCUCUAAUAGAUGGAAACCGGUGUGGCUCUCAGUUGAGAGUCUUGACUUCGACGACAAAACCUUCAAGGAUUUGGUUUCCUUACUCCAUAUUAUGUACUCAACAAUAUCUUUGCGAGACAUCACACUACCUAUCCAUUCUUUCCCUUUGAAUGGAAUAGUCAUUCCGGUUGUUUUUAAAUUUGCAAAUUAUUUUCAAAUGUGUUGCGGGUUUGAGUUUGGGUGGAAAUAACCCAAACCCAAUAGGUGUGGGGUGUGUGUUGUUUUGCCACCCGAACGGUCUUUAGAUUUGAGUGAUGAUUUCCGGUGUGAGUUUGGUAAGUGUCAAACCCGCACCCAUGGGCGCCCGUUGCCAUCCCUACCAAAAAGACUUCCAUCCAUUCGUUUAGGUUAAAAUGUGGCGGAUCUUCUCGCUUCAAACCAAACCAAGAGAUUUCAAUCGAAUUUUAGAAUUUGUGAUGCAACGAGGAGUCCUGAAUCUUGACUUCGACAUGUUCAACAAACUCCGUUGCAUCAAAUUACCACCUUGCAUUCUUAGUUUUAAGACCCUUCAAGCUCUUACGCUGCUAAAAGUGAAAAUUGAAAAUUUUGAUCAAGUGGAUUUUCCUCUUGUCGAAAAACUAUUUUUGCAUAGGAUUUGUUUCAUAUCUCUUGAAUAUGUUGUGAAGUUUCUAUUAGGUUUUCCUAUUCUAAAGUAUUUGUAUAUAAAUUCAUCUGUAUCGAAGAAGUCACCUAUUACAAUGGAAGAUGUGAAUGCUUUACCUAAUUUGGUCAAAGCAAGGAUUUGUGAACAGAAUACUCAUGUGGCUUUGUUUGGCAAGACAAAGAUUUUGCACAUAGAUAAGUUAAGGUUCGGUUCAACAAGAUUUCCUGAGUGUUACAAUUUGACAAACAUGGAAGUUAGUAUUCAUCAUGAUCGCGUCUGCGAUAAGAAGUGCACCUGGUUGCUAGGAAUUCUACCAUAUUUUCCCAAACUUCGAUAUUUUAUGAUUCAGGUUUGAUGUUAUGAAUUUGUUUUCCUUUUCGAUUCUAGUUUUAAUUUCUCAUAUUAUAAAGAAUAAAGAAUCUCAAGUUCAUAUGAUAUCACAAAAUAAUACUAUAGCUUUGUUGAUUCCUAACUAGUAUUUUGGCAAAAGGCUUGCUUGAAACAACUUAAUUGCAUGUUAUAUCUUAGAAGGAUUCUUAUAUUUUUUGGAUGGUUUAUAUGGUGUUUUAAUUACUGUUGAUUGCUGGUUUUCAUUUUCCUGUGAAUUUUGAGUAUUAAACUGAUCCAUGGUUUUGCUAUUUUUACACUUAAAUAUAUUGUCACAACAGAAGUUUUAUUUGGGUAGAGGGUUCAGAUUCUGGUCAUAAGUUUGAUUGUAAACCAAAUCCAUUUUUUAUUUAUUUUCACCAUCAGUAUCCGGUCAAUUGGACCGUCUAAUCUAUUUUGGAGGUCAGUUCUGCAAUCAAGUGGUUCCAGCUCCCUCUUAGUUCUCCUUUACAUAUUAUUGUUACUUACCUUUCUCUUGAAUGAAGAACUUGGAAAUGAGUGAUCUUUACUUACCUUUUCCAAUAAUCUUGAGUCAUUCUGCAUAAUGCAGAACUUGUGUUGUAAUGUCUAAAUAAUCAAAGUAUACCUUCUUUGCCUGUAAAAAAAGUUUAUAUUGGCAAAAUUUGAAGGCAAAAUUAACAUUGACGAACUACGAGUUGGGUUGCAUAAGUUAGGCUACCAUUUUCUGGGAUCUUUGCUGUUUCACAAUUGAUGGAUGUAGAAAUUAUUAGUUUGUCAAACUAAUUUGUCAACAUGUGUCUUUUUUUUAUUCUAUUUCUUAUUUUGUCUUUAGAAAGUCUUUCUAGUCUUGAGUAUAAGGUAAAAAAAAAAAUUGUACCUUUUAAGAGAAUUAGUUAGUAUCAUUUAACUUUCUUGAUGCACCUUUGUACAAAGACCAAUAUAAAAAGGUCACCGGCCAAAGGCCAAUAGCCACCUUUUUGUGCUUUCUCUCAGUUUGGAUCGUAGAAUUUGAGCAACGAAAAAACACGCUCCAAAUUCUAGUAUCCGAGUGGAGUGUUUUUGAGGUUUUGGUGGAGGUGCAAUAGUCUUAGGGCAAGGACUGAUUCACUAAACCUUUUGGCCCAAACCCUAAUUGAUUUUGGUGAUUUGAUAUAAUUUAAAAAUGCCACAAAAAUACUAUAUAUAUAUUGAACCCUAAACUCCUACCUAUCCUUUGCUCGCCGCAUUCAUUCUCCAUUAGAGAAUGGCGUCUUUUUCCCGACUGUCAAGUCCCGCAGCUGAUAAGAUUAGCGACUUGCCAGAUUCAAUUCUUUGCCAUAUUCUCUCCUUUCUCCCAUCCAAACAAGCUGCCACCACAAGUAUCCUCUCAAAGAGAUGGAAACAGGUCUGGCUCUCAAUCUUCACUCUCCACUUUGAUGACAAAAUCUUCAAAGAUUUUAACAGCUUUCGCAAAUUUGUUUACUUAACCAUGUUCUCAUUGAGAGACAAAAAAGUUUCAAUCCAUUCGUUGACCUUUAGAUGUAGUAGAUUUUCUCGCUUCAACCAAAAAGAAUUCGAUCGAAUUAUUAAAUUUGUGAUGCAACGAGGAAUCGAGAAUCUUGACUUCGACAUGUUCCAUAGACAACGUGUUAUCAAAUUACCACCUCGCAUUCUCAAUUUGAAGACACUUCAAGUACUUAAGCUGGCAAACAUUAAAAUGGGAGAUUUUGAUCAAGUGGAUUUUCCUCUUAUCAAAACUCUUCAUUUGCAUAGGAUUUAUUUCAUAUCUCCUGAAUAUAUUGUGAAGUUUCUAUUAGGUUGUCCUAUGGUAGAAGAUCUGUAUACAGAAUCAUUGGUAUUGAAUAAGUCACCUGUUCCGAUGGAAGAUUUGAAUGCUUUACCUAAUUUGGUCAAAGCAAGGGUUUGUGAUCGGAAUACUCCGAUGGCUUUGCUUGGCAAGGCAAAGAUUUUGCACAUUGACGAGUUUUUGGUAGGGUAAUUUUGAAAUCAUCAAAAUUAUCAGUUACAUACAUCCACCUAUGAUGAGCUUUGGCUAGAAAAUUGAAGAGGUUGUGUUGUGGUAGAUCAUGUUUGCCUGCAAGAUUUCCGGUCAGUAGUAUGAGAGAGUAGCAGUAAAUUUCUCAGGUGUGGUAUAUGUAAUGUAUUGUAAGGUUUUCAAGUUACUUAAACUUAAUUUGAAGUUUUCUUUCAAAAAAAUUCUUGUACUAUUAUUGUACUAAGGCCUAUUAUAUAUGCUACAAUCUGCUGUUGUAAUAAUUGCUGUUGAUGUUCAUCACAGCAAUGUCUGUCUCUUUAGUCGUUACAAUACAUUUGUCUACAUUGUGUUCUUAAUUUGGGUGAUGAUCAAUCUCAUGCAUUUUGGAUUUCU